AGGACGAGUACAAUGCCGCCUGCCCGUCCUCCUCCGCGGCCGCCGACUUCUCGAACGCCAUGUCUGACGCGGAGAACACCAUGAAGGAGUACACCACCAUCGAGGGGGUCAGCAACUUGCUGAGCGGUGGGGCCAGCAGCAUUUUCAGCUCCAUCACGUCGUACUUCCAGAAGGUCUGCGUGACCCAGUGCGGCGUCGAGUUCGACACCGACAACAGCGGCAACUACAGCGGGGUUACAGGUGCGCGGGAAUACGUGUACGAGCCGUCCGCCGACAAGGUCUGGGCCAGCGUCUGGGCGAAGGUCGUCGCCGCGACGGCGACUGGCGAGCCGGGCGAUACCCUCAGGUCGGUGUUUAAGUUCGACGCGCUGUCUUCAGCCAG